AGCAUUUGAGCUUGAAGGUGAGGUGGUGUUAAAGUGAAUUUCAGGGAGUAGGCCGUAGGCGUAUUUGGGUUAUGUUGCAACUACUCAGGCCUACAUUUGUGCGCAAUUUCAACCCAAACGGACUUUUGUCGGACAGGUGAGCUUCUUCCACUCUCAGCCCUCUUUGGUGUGUGCGUAAACGUGAAACGGAUGCAGGUGUAGAAUCAGUCAACUUUUUAUUUCUAACUUGGUACGCGCGCCUGUGAAGAGACUCUCACGCGGCUCGGAAGAUGUCUGAGAGAUCGCAGAGUCCGGAGUGCCAAAUCCGGCCGUAUGACUUCAGCCGGACCAGCCAUUGCACCCAGGGUUUGGGUCAAGAGAGUUUGGGCAGCGCUGCGCCAUUCCAGCUUCCUCACGGCGUACUGCCAGACCCGAGCCUCUUCUACAACAAACCCGCUUACAGUGGCAUCACAUCGGCAUCCGCGCAGAGCUUUUUUGCUUUCCCACCAGUCACCGGUGACUACAGGGGAUCUGACCUGCAGGCUGGAGAGUUUGGGCAACCCAAGCACUGGUAUCCCUUCGCUGCGCCCGAGUACACCGGCCAGGUACCCGGCGUAACCGCAGCCACCCAGCCUAUAAAUCUCAGUCCCCCCAUCGCCGAGACCCGGGAGCAAAUCAAACUGCCCGACAUAAAGACUGAGAAGGACACCGAUGAUGACUACUCAACACAGGGGAAAGUUCAACAGUAUCCAACACCGCCAACCUCCGCCGCCAUGUCCCAUGGAGUCUUCUACCCUCCGGCCUGGAACCCGUCCUUCUGGCCCGGGAUCACCCACAUCACACCACCCGGCAGCAAUAAUCAAAAUCCCUCAACUUCCUCUGCGUCCUCGCCAUCACUGUCCCCUUCACCCCCAAGCAACGGACUUCCAGGGAACGCGUUUUUCAGCGUGAAUACAACCCAGGCUGCCACGGGGCCCCAGACGCAGAACCCGGCCUCCUCCACGCGGAGCAGCGGGUCCUCCAGCGGCGGGUGCAGCGACUCUGAGGAGGAGAAUCUUUCUACAGAAGAACUGGAGCAGUUUGCUAAGGAGCUGAAACACAAACGCAUUACCUUGGGUUUCACUCAAGCUGAUGUUGGCCUUGCCCUGGGUAACCUGUAUGGUAAGAUGUUCAGCCAGACGACAAUUUGCCGUUUCGAAGCCCUGCAGCUGAGCUUUAAGAACAUGUGCAAGCUGAAGCCCCUUCUUCAGAGAUGGCUGAAUGAGGCAGAGACCUCUGACAAUCCCCAGGAUAUGUACAAGAUUGAGAGAGUAUUUGUUGACACCAGAAAGAGGAAGAGGAGGACCAGUUUGGAGGGAGCUGUGCGCUCAGCCCUGGAGUCUUACUUUAUUAAAUGUCCCAAGCCCAACACCCAGGAGAUCACGCACAUCUCAGAUGACCUGGGUCUGGAGAGAGAUGUCGUUCGUGUUUGGUUCUGCAACAGAAGACAGAAAGGAAAGCGCCUGGCCUUGCCACUAGAUGAGGAGUGUGACGGCCAGUACUAUGAGCAGAGUCCCUCCCCACUGAACAUGGCCCCUUCCCCCAUUCCCAGUCAGGGCUACCCGUCUUCCAGCUACCACACUGCCCCUCCUCCUACACUCUACAUGCCCCAGCUCCAUCGGCCUGAUGUCCUGAAACAAGCCUUACACCCCGGACUGGUUAGUCACCUGACUGGAUAAACCUACUCGGGUAGUCCCGGUCAGAACCACAGAUUGCCUUCCCAAGUCUCUCUAUCAAACCCCAACUCAAGCUGAAGAAGAGCCUCUAAAUCCAGCAACCAGAUCGACAGAUCAUAUCUGCGGAUCGCAAACAUUCCAGGUGUGAAGGCUCCUCUUCUGACCACAGCAGUAGGAUGGAUCAAAGUGGUUUCUUGUUCUUGUUUUGAUGGUGAAACUCAAUGAACUGCCAUGGGCAACAUCCUCCCAACAACUGCUUUCAACUUCAAACCAAGAGAGAAACUUAAACUGAAUGUGCCUUUCUGUUUCUUUAAUGUAUGUGUUCUUGGAUAAUACAUUGCAUAGUAAGUUAUUCCAUAGGCUUUAAUCACUGCAGGUUUAGAGCAAUGCUAAAGUGAGAUCUGGUGCUACAGUACAUGGUCCAGUGGCAGAGUCAGGAUGAUUUUGUAAAUGUCACAGCUGAAUAGUCAGGGUAUUCUUGCCACUUAUGCUAAACCCUGGGCAGGUUUUCUGUGGGGCAGAUGAGGAAAGAUUUGGGUUAUCACAGGAAUGACAUUGUUAGUUGGUACAAAAUUCAUCUCCGACAGUUCAGUCAGUGUUUGUGCAAUACGUCUUUGUCCCAUCUGAACUGAGCAGCUACAGUAUUUGUCAUUGAAAUGGAAACACUCACAAAAUUUUCCAUUUGUUUUUGCACAAAGUUGUUUUGUAAUGUUGAGUGAUCUUUUUUAAAAUAUGUCCGCUUUGUAUAAUGAAUCCAGAUUUUUGCCCUAUGGUUGUUGAUGAACAUCGACGUCUUUAGCAAAUGUGUUUAGCAUCAAUGGGGAGCAGUGAGAUUCAAACAUUUUGAGGGAGUUGUGAUUAAUGUUACAAGUGUCUUUGCUGCUAAUCUGCCAAUUGCACACUGCCAGUAUUUUCAGUCUCAGUUGGAUGGCAAUGAGAUUAAGUCUGACCUGAUUUGGAUCAAUUAUGCUGUCGACUUGUAUUUCAAUACCUCAAUUUUGCUUUUAUUGUAAAGGGUUUUUAUGUUUAUGAAAUGUUGAUACUAAAAGUCAAGUUUGGGUGCUCACUGGAGUAUUUCUCUCGUCUGGUAUUGUUUUUAAGAAGUUAUUUUUUUACUGGGAUGACUGUAACUUUUAGACAUGAAGACAUUAAAUGUCAAUUAGCCACUUCCCUGACUGUACCUCACAUGACUUAGAAGUCCCUAUAGGUUACAAUUAAAUUAUUAGCAAGGCGACAGCUCGGGAAACAUUGAAACAAGCCUUUAAACCAAAGUUCCUUCACUAAUUAAUGUUAACAUAAUAUUGCCUCUUUAAUAACUUUACAGACAAAUAUUAGCAGAUUUGUGAAUGUGCAAUCAUUACAGUUCGACUCUAACCAGACUUUUUCAACUGUGACACAUUUUGGAUUAAAUUAAAUGGAUUAAAUUCUAAUUUAUUGAGAUGUCAGCCACACUGAGAUGUUUUUAAUCAGAGCACCCUGAACCUUAAAUGUAUCCCUGCUUCUAGUUAUCAAGUAAAGCUGACUUCAUGCUGAAAUGUUUGAGAACUA